AUGCUUAUCCAGCGGCUGACAUUUGCUCACCCCGCAGUGCGACGAGACACGACCGACAUGUUUGAGAUGCGUCAAGUCUCGUCGCCCCUUCACCUGGACCUGCGAACCCGUGCUGUCAUUUACUAUCUCAACUAUUACUUACGAGCACCAGCUGAUGUGCAACGCCUCCCAGGCAGCGUUUCAGACAGCAUUGAAGAAUGGGUCUCGGGGAAAACGAUUCCAAUCAUUGAUUCAGCGGUUUCGUCGAUGGCACUAGUCGUCUUUUCGCGGACACAGCAACAUUCAGUGGCCGCAGCGGAAGCCUACGUGCAGUAUGGUGAGUUACUGCGGCACGCGCACCAGACGUUGUCCAGUCUGGUCGAAACAAACAUUGAUGCCGCUUUGCUGGUCGUCUUCCUAAUGAGUCGCUACGAAGACUCGUUGCACGGGAGGGCUGAUAAUGUGCCCAACAGUUACCUGCAUCAUGAUGGUGCAGCCGCGAUUUUGAAAAUAUGGAGAAACCAGCACCCACUGGAGAAGCUGUCGGCAACUUCUGCGGUCAAGUAUUCGCGGCGGGGUAUCAUUAGAUCAGCUCUUUUGCGGUAUCUUUCAGUGCCAGCAUGGCUCGAAGACGGUCAGCCUUUUGGCGAGUGUGGCAGAGACCUCGAUUAUGACCGCAUAAUGGUCCAAGUUGCGAGACUUCGAAAUCAGCUCACGAUCUUGCAACGGAAUAAUUUCCAGCUGAACAGCAGCAGUCCGAAACUGUUCCAAGAGCUUCAGAAACUGCGCAGCGAAGCAGCGAACUUAGACCAUGCACUGCGCCACUGGGCGACUCGAAUUCCAAGUUCCUGGUACCCACGUCGGCAUCUCAUGCCCGCGGCGUCGUAUUUGCCUACUCGAGACUUCUUCUCCUCGGAGGUUUACAGCUACUCCAGUAUUGCCUACGCUACCCUGUGGCUGAACUACUCGGCUACAAGGCUAUUGGUCAAUCAAGCAUGGCUGAAGAUCCUCGAGCUCAUUCAACCAUAUUCAGAUUCAUCUGUCUACGCCCACGAGGUGAAAGAGUGCCACUCGCGCCUCAUAGCCACGUCAGUGGACAUGUCCUCGAGUAUUCCAUUUGUCCUUGAGAGGUUCAAGGUCACAGACAGGGGUCAGCAGCAAACCGAGAUCACACUCAACACAGAUGCUGAGAUCACCCCGUACGUGGCAAGUUUAACUGCGUGGCCACUUGGGAUUGGCUCGUGCAUUGGCAGUUUGCCUGUGGAGCACAGACAGUGGUUCAGGAACCAGUUGUCAUUCAUGGGGAGGAUUCUCGGAUGUGGAAUCCUGGAGUGUGUUAGUGCUGCCGACCUGCUUGACCUCUGA